AUGGGAGCUUGCGGUUCACGUGAAUCUCGGAGAACAGAGACGGCGAAGUUAAUAUUACAAGACGGAACGUUACAAGAGUUUUCAUCUCCGGUAAAAGUGUGGCAGAUUCUUCAGAAGAACCCCACGAGCUUUGUUUGUAACUCAGACGAUAUGGACUUCGACGACGCCGUUUUAGCCGUUGGUGGUAGCGAGGAUCUUCGUCCAGGAGAGCUUUACUUCGUUUUACCGUUGACAUGGCUGAAUCAUCCGUUAAGAGCAGAGCAAAUGGCGGCUUUAGCGGUUAAAGCUAGCUCUGCGCUUACGAAAAGCGGUUGGAGUUGCGGAGAAGAUGAAGCUAGAAAAGUCUCUAAUGGUGAGUGUAGAGUGAAGAGUAAUGGUUGCGGAGGAAGAGGAGGUUGUGGUGGUCGUGGUAAAGGGAGGAGGAAGUUUACGGUGGAGUUGAGUUCGAUAGCUGAGUAG